AUGUUCUCAAAUGUAAAUGUGCAAGACGUAUGGAAUGAAUACUGGCAGAAGCAGCUCAGCCUGACGGGCUCGCCAUUCAAUUCACUGGUUAUUCGACCGGAAACGACGGAGGGACCGAGUGGCUCGUCCAGGAGCUCGAACAGUACGCCAGAAGCAGUCACUUUCGCCGCGCAAGAGCUAUCGCCCUCUUGUGAAUCGGCCAGUGCAAAACGUCGACGGACCCGCACUAAUUUCUCAGGAUGGCAACUGGAGGAAUUAGAAAGCGCAUUUGAGGUAUACCUGAAAUAA